UCAUAGCCUCAUUUCAAAACAAAAAGUAGAUAUUGAUCGAGGGGCAGCCCCUUCGGGGAACUCCCGGGUUCCGACGGUAACCAUGAACUGGCACCAACAUUCUUGGGCACAACAUGGAGCUGUCUGCAAGAACCACCAUAAUAACUGGCAGCAGGUUCAUGGCAGCAUGAUUGGGUCAGAAAACUUGGCAUGUCGUAUAAUGAGCUGUAAACUCAUGAAUAACCUCAUAGACUGAUGUGGCUGUCAGUCUGAUCCAUAUUUUCUUCAUUCACUAACGCCUAACGCCUCUGCAGGAUGGGUUCUGAUUUCAAAGAAAUCCUGCGGGCAAAUUUACCAUACCUCGAAGAACAUCUGCAGGUCGAUGAAAUUGUUGACAUCUGCUACUCCAAAAAAGUACUUACCCAGAAUGACCGUGAACGAAUAGUUGCAGAGAGAUCACGCCCAGAUAGAGCAAUCAAGUUUGUCAAUAUACUUAUCUGUAAAAAAGACAAGGAUUAUCAAGAAUUCCUUGAUGCUCUUAUUCACGAAAAUGUUAAACAGGAUUCUGUACGCAAACAUUUGGAAGCCGCGUCUGUCAGCGCAGAAUCUUCUGCAGGUCAUGAUGAGGAGAGGCUUGUGGAGCAGAUUUUGAAGGACUGCUUCGAAGUGAAAGAAGGAGAGAGCUGCCCUGCAGAUGAAUUUCUCAAGUAUGUCAAACUUAUGCUACGCAAGCAACAGAAAUCUCUGGAAAUGGAUGAUAAUGCAGUCUUUAAGUCUGCAACUCUUUACCACACGAGUGUGCAGCUCAAGAAAAACAGACGAAAGAAUGUUGUAGCUGUUCAGAACUUGAUUGUCAAGUCCAGCACUUUGUAUUUAGCCGAUGUCUCCAAUGAGGACUCAUUGGAGGACACGCUUGACAUUCCAGAGUCUAUUGCUUUAGAAGACAUAACUCCAGUUCAAGUAGUGAAAGCAAUGAGAUGUCAGCUGGAGAAGAUGAAACUUGAUGUGACUCUUGCUGAACGCAUGGAGGAGGAAGAAGUGGAUGGAAAAUCUCUGUCUCAGUUUACUGAGGAACAUAUCAAAGAAACAUACUCACAGCUGAAGAUAGGGACCAGAAUCAAAUUAGCAGAGGCCAUCAGGCUCACCUUAGAGGAUCUAAAGAAAGUGCCUUUUACUAGAACUGCAAAAGCUGAGAUCAGGGGUCCAAAGAAACUCGAAACAUACCGCAAAUUUGACACACGUCCUGGCCUGAAGGAUGUGUAUGAGAAAGGUUAUGUUUUACCAGAAGAGCAGUCAAGGCCAGGUCAGCUUCUUCAAGUUAUUCACAAGUAUCACAUGGUAAAGAAUCUUGAAACAAAGCUUCUAGCUGAAGAAACUGUAAAGUUUGCUGCUGCCUGUAUGAAUGAGAGAGUCAAUGGCACCAUCCACUUUGGGGUGAUGUCAAAAUACAAUGGUGGAAAUACAUCACAUGCAGGCAGUAUUGUUGGUUUGAACCUUGAUGAACAAUUGUGUGAAGUUGCUAUCACAGAGGAAAUCUACAGGGCCUUCUACCCAGACCAGAGAGACAUUGCACUGAAGUGUAUCCGAGAUCCUGUGUAUAUACCUGUUGUUGGGAAGGAAGUUGGUGAAAAUUCAGACCUGUAUGUGGUUGAAGUGGAUGUUGUUCCGCACACUGAAGUGGUAAUGAGUGAAGCUUUCUUUUUGAGUCAUGUGAGUGGAAAACGCAGUAUACUCUUUCGCUAUCUUGAAGGAAGUCCUGUGGAGGUUUGUGGACAAGAAUUGCUUUCUUUCAUGGAAUCCAAGGGAAAAUUAAGUAAUCUCAGAAGAGAAAGUGAAAAAGCUGUUCAUUCUCAGCCUUCUCUUAAAGAACCAAAUCUGCAUAAGAAACUUCACCAUCUUUUUACAGAUGGCAAUGAUUAUAGCUUAGUUGACAUAUUCCCUGUUCUCUUAUUGAGUUCUCGUGCAGCUGAGAUGACUAAUGAUUACCUAACAGAGCAUUUUGGGUGCAUCAGAAGCUUGCAACCCAUAGCAGUCUUUGAUUUUGAUCCAUGUAUGGGAGACCAAAAUGGUCAGCCGCAGGGUCUUUACAAAAUAAUGGAGACACAGCACAACCAGGUGUAUAAAGUUUUAACCACUGACAACUUUGACAAGAACAGUGACGAGAAUAAAUCCAAUGAGAAAACCGACUCUGUUGGCAAGCUGCUUGAAAGUAUUAAGGAUUCGUCAUUGACAUCAUGGAUAUUCUGCAAUGGCUAUGAACCUCUGAAGAAGAUGGAGUUACAGGCUGCUGCAUGGAGGAAAAAAAGAGCGCAAGGUUUCAAGGAAGCAGUGAGAUUCUACAGUGAGCAAAUUCCUGCUGAGAAAGCACGGAUUCUGAUUUUUCUCCUAUCAAGAAAUUAUGAUGUCAUUCUUGGAGCACUAGAUGAGAUUUUUGUGAAGUUUCCUGAACAGUGGAUUAUUCUUGCUGAAUCUGAAAAAGUUGCUGCUGACCUGAUAUCUGAAGCUCUUCGCAGGUCAUAUGUGGAGAAAGAGAUGUUGGAGGAAAGAACUGUUAUUGGAAUGCCAUGGUCACAUGUUAAUCAAAGCAUUAUAAACAUCUUUGGCUAUGACACCACCACAGGGUGCAGUCUUCCAUCAUCAACUGGAACACCCUGCUUGAUGAAAGAAAGCAAGAGAAAUGAAUUAUCAGAUUUGGAAGUGCUUAGUGCAACAGAAUGCAAGGAUGAAGACAUAGUUCACAGCUGCAAUGCUAAAGCUGUUGAGGAGAAAAAGAGGCAGAUGGAAGAGGACUUUUAUCGUGGCAAGGAAGUUACUUGGUGGAACUUCUGGUUUCAAGAUCAAGUUCUGCAAAGGGCGCAGUUCAAAGAUCUCCUGAAACAAGUGAAAAAAUCACUGGAUGGCAACAUUCCAGAAGAUGAGAAGGUGGCUGUAAUAACACUCUACCAUCAACCUGGUGCAGGGGGAACAACUACAGCAAGAGAAAUUUUGUGGGUAAUGAAAGAAGAGGUUCGCUGCUGUGUAGUCAAGAAAAUCACUGAUCAGACCUGUGACCAGAUAGCAAAGUUCAGAUCUUUUGAAGAGCAAGACAAUCCAAAGCCCCCUCUUGUACUGAUUGAUAAUGAAGAUGAAGAAAAAGUGUUUCAGCUUUGUUCACACAUGAAUGAAAAAGCAAGACGUGAAGCAAGAGACACAAGAGGCACCCCAAAACUCUUCUGUGUCCUCAUCAUCUGUAUUCGAAUGACGGCCUUUCCCAGACACAAAGAUGGAAUCAUUAAGCUUGGCCAUGAACUUCAGGAAGAAGAGAGACAGUGGUUUCAGUCAAAAUAUCAGAUUUUGGAGAGGAGAUACACUGAGAAGAAAGGGCCUCAUCCAAAGCUUUUAAUCUCUUUCAACAUUUUAAAGGAAAAUUUCAGCCCUAACUACAUAAAGCGCACAGUGGAAGAAUUUGUUUCAGAGAUUGGUGAAUUCAAGGAGAGGAGGUUGCUUAAGUAUAUUUCCUUGAUCAACAGCUUUGAUCUUGACUUUCAAGCUAUUCCCACAAGCUGCUUCAAUAUCAUCAUGACUUCACCCAACAAAAAGAAAGCAAAUCCACAGCUCUUGAACAGACAUGGCAAAAGUAAUGUUCUGUGGGAAGCUUCUCUUAGCCAGUCCAUUAACAUUCUUUUGAAUAGGACUUCAAGACAGUGCCUUGGAGGAGAUAUUCAGGCUCUCAGGAUCAUUAAUAACAACUUUUCCAGGGAGAUACUGAACAACUUAAGAGAGCAUGAUAAACAGACUGUCAGUGAUGUAGCUAUAGAGCUGCUGCAUUGUGGUAUUUUUAGGAAGUGUUAUCAAUCAAGUGUUCAAAACCAGCUGGUCAGGAUCAUCAAAGAUAUGCUGAAAAAGAGGGGUCCUUACAAGAAAGGCCGUCAAAAGUUUUCACCCAUUGUGACAGCCAUUGGCGAAGAUGAAGGGUAUGAAAAAGCAGCUGAAGUGAUGAUUGUUGGUUUUGAGUUUACCGAUGACCCCAUGAUAGCUCAGCAGAUUGCACGAGUUUACAUUCAUUGCCAAAACUGGAAGGAAGCAGAUAAAUAUGCCAGAAUUGCACAAGAUAUGAGACCAACCAACUCAUACCUGUGUGACACUUAUGGGCAGGUCAGCAAAGAAAAGCUCAUUGGCAUGUGGCAGGACACCCUUAAGAAAGAAGAACUUUUAGAGGGUGACAAAGCAAGAGAAGCCAUUGACCUGGCAUUUCAAGCCAUUAACAUUUUCCGUCGAGAACAGAAACUUAGUGAUGAGGAUUGUACCACAGGCUAUAACAACUGUGGUUAUUUUCAAGAACUGAGGCUUAUAGUUACUCUUUUAGAUAUUUGUCGGUUUCUAAAGCCUUUCAAGCAUGACAAAGGAGCUAUUCUGCAUAAGUUUCUUGUUGACAAAAUGUUUAUCCCAGAUGGUCUUUCAGAGGAAUUGGGGCAGGAACGCAUAAAGAUGUUGAAGGCUUUGUACCUCGAGUAUGAAAAACCCAUGCGGCGACUGGAGGAUGAGCAGAUACAGCUGAAGGAAGACUCUUGCUAUCAGUACAGUCCAAGCUACUCCGACACUGUUAGAGAUCGUCGGAUGUUUGUCCAUCUCCAGGAAUGCCUAGAUACUUAUUUUGGAGAGGAAUCUGACCACAUACCAGAAGGGCUUUCUAUUGAGGAAGAAUGUGAAUUCAGAAGAAGGAGGGUAAAAAGAAAAGGGGGCAACUCCCUUCGCUCCAUCUAUGGUUUGCGUGAUGAUGAUAAUGCAGCAGUAGAGUAUGAAGCCAUGCACAAGAUCAUCAUCAAAAAUGUGAAGUCAGAAUUCUGCAAUGCUUUCGAUUUGAGAACUGUUCUCAAUCUUACACUGGCUCGAAUUUCUUUGAACAAACAUUACUCUAGGGAGAUAUCGAUGGAAUGUAUGCUGGACUGGACACAGAAAUUGUAUGAUAAGAGGAAUAUGGAUUCUCAUCCAUCUUUGGCAAUGCAUGAGAGAAGGCAUGUAGAUUCUCAUCCAUACCUGGAAGCAUUUUUAUAUUUUGUCAUGUUUCACUGGCCAACAGACUGGAGAAACAGCCAAAAUCUUCCCUUAUGCUCCUGCACCAAGAUAAAAGAUGUGAUUAAGGAAUGGAAGAGUGCUUUUCAGAAUAACCACCCUGCGCAGAUUGAAGGAGAAGGCAAGAAACCAGACAGACGUAAAGGGACAACCCUUUUUUUCUUGGGUGAAGGUGAAGGCUUUAAGGAGAUAGUUUUCCACAGUGAACUUCACAGAUUUGGCCGACAACAAAAAAUUGUAGGUGACAGCAUCUGGGACACAGAUUUUGCAAAGAAACGGUUAAAAAAACUUAAUGGGACGCUUCUUUAUGGAGGCGGAGAAAUGUCUGUUACUAUUUACUCAGCCAAACGUAAUGCCAUACAAAUUGAAAUUCCAACUUCUUUUCCAAUUAAAGAUCAGUCCUUGUGGCAAAAGAAUGUGCGCUUUGCGCUUGGCUUCUGCUGGUCUGGACCCAAGGCUUUCUCAGUGACCCGAGAUGAUGAUGUUGAUUUUCGUUCUGUAUCCAUACCACAAAACCUGACUGUGGUCAGGCGAUAUGACCGUUCCAGAGAAAAGAUGGUAUCUGAAGAAGUGGUUGAGAAAUUCUGGCAAAUUUAUUUUAAGAAUCAAGCUGCACUGGAAGUGUUGGAAAAAGAUAUGCAUUUGCAUUCUGGCGAUAAGAAACGCCAACUAGAGUUUCAGCGAAGAAAAGAGAAUCUGGAAAAAGAAAGACAGGACUUACUUCAGAAGCGAACAUCAGUCCUUCAGGGGCCAGAUUAGAUGAGCUAGGCUAUAUAAAAGAAAGGCCAACCAAAACAGAUCUUUAUCCAGAUAUGGCUGGUUACCAUCCAGGUUAUGAUGAGCAUGCAGUUUUCUUUCACAUGGACAGGCGGUGCCUAUUCUCUUACUGAUGUAAAGGUAUAUAGUGGCCAAUUGCCUAGUCAAACCUGAGCGAUGCAACCCACCCUCCUUUUCUCAUGAUCAGGUCUAUGGAAAGGCAUGUGACAGAAGUAGGAGUACUGCUAACAGAUAUAACUAAAGAUUGAAACUAGGAUUUUUUUACUCCAAUUACUGUUUAUUUACCUUUUGUGACAAUAUCAAUUAAGAAUAUCACAGCAAAGGAAUUUUUAAGAUGACAGUGUGAUUAGGCAACAUGUGUCAUUUUAAUGUGGUUUUAGACACCUUUGUGUCAUAAUUUAAAAAAAAAUACAGUCUGAACUGUUUUCCUAAUUAUGUAGACUGUUACAUGUAUGGUCUCUGAUGGAUGAACAAUUAUAGACUGCUGAUUAAACAUUUUGAAAUUUAAUUCGUGGACAUCGAUUGUUGGUCUAAUACUUCAGCACUUACAGUUUUAUUUCAGUGAUGAGUUCUCUUGUCCCAUAGCAAAAAAGGUGUUACACCAUGGAUAAUUGUAAUAGAGAUGCAAGGUGGUGCUGCCCACCAGGUCCCAUUUUUGUGAAGUACUUUUAUCCUAAGGUUUGCUUUAGGCUUGUAAGCUUGACUACUCAGUACGUGUGCAGUCCCACUCUUUUGUGGAAAUUGUUAUUUUUCGCAAAUUUCAUCUUCUCGGUGGCUCAUGAACCGAGUUUUUUACCAGAUGGUUCCUUAGUCAAAGUAGGCAGUGCUUCUAAUGGUUAAAUCAAAAUGUCCAGUAAUACAAACAAUCGAAAGUGUAAAGUAAUAGUUAACUUUUCUGUUCUCUGUCAUCUGUAACACCCUAAAUGUAAAGAUUUUAUCUAUGAUGUCAAAAUUGUGGCAGCUACCUAUCCAUACAUAUUUUGUGCAUGUAUGCAAAUAUGUUCUUUUAGUGUAAUAGAAGUUAAACCACCAUGACACAUUAUACAGUGUUUUCUGAUGCAAGAUUUCUUAACAUCCAGUUGAUGAUCACAUUUAAGGAAAGUUUAUUUUUGUAAUUUUGAAACAUUUUGCAAAAUGGUUUUACUGCUUUUUUGAAAUAUGUAACUAUGACACUGGCUAUGUGGUUAUCACACAGAGAAGUGUUUAAAAAGAAAUACCACCACAGAACUGUUGCCAGGAUUUUAAGAUAUAUUUUUAAUAUUUGCUCAAAACAGAACUUAGUGUAUUAGCUAAGUUAUGCUAGCCAUAAACACAUUUGUUGAUGGACAUGUUUAGAUGUGCAAAUGAACCACAAAAUUAAUACAGUGCCACAUAGCAGCAUAAACAUUAAAUGCUGAUUUUAUGCCGACUUA